GUAAAGCAGCCAAGCAGGUACCUUCUUCCCUCCAUUUCUAGGGUUUUACGGUUUUACUAUCUUCUAGGGUUUUAUCGGGGAAAGUAGCCAAUUCGCAGCCAAAAAUCCAACUGCUGCAAAUGGAAAACUCAAUCACUACAACCACUAAACACUACUACUACUCAUCAUCACAUCACCCCUAGGCCCUUACCAUGGAAUCCCCUCCCUCUUCCCCCAAACAACCCGACCCCAAAAAACUCAAAAUGUCCGCCACCACCACCGACGACGACGACGCCACCACCACCACCGACGCCACCACUACAAAGCCAAGGUACAAGCGGCGCAAAAUCGCCAUAUUCUUCGCCUACUGCGGCGUGGGCUACCAAGGCAUGCAGAAAAACCCCGGCGCCAAAACCAUCGAGGGCGACCUCGAAGAAGCCCUCUACCUCUCCGGCGCCGUCCCCGACCACGACCGCGGCCUCCCCAAGCGCUUCGACUGGGCCCGGUCCGCCCGGACCGACAAGGGCGUCAGUGCCGUCGGCCAGGUCGUCUCCGGCCGGUUCUACGUCGACCCGCCCGGUCUAAUCGACCGGCUCAACUCUCACCUCCCCCAGCAGAUUCGCAUCUUCGGGUACAAGCGCGUAACGGGGUCGUUUAAUGCUAAGAAGUUUUGUGAUAGGCGGAGGUAUGUUUAUCUUGUUCCCGUUUUUGCUUUGGAUCCUUGUUGUCAUAGGGAUAGGGAGAGUGUUUUGGCUAGUUUAGGGUCCGGAAGUGAGCUUGUCAAGUGCGUCGAGUGCUCCGAAAGAGGACGUAAAGUCUUUGGAGUGAUGGGUAAACGAACUUUCAACCCAAAUGCAGAUAAGGGUGAUGAUUUGAAUCCUGAAUUGGGGAAGAAAAUUGAAGGUGAGAUUGGUAUGUGUGUUGUCGGUGGGGAGGAGCAUCGGGGGGAGGAGAGUGGGUACACGGUUGACGAUGCUAUGCGUAUGCCGUUCCAAGUCAAGGCUGAAACGGGCAUUUCGUUGAACGGUGGGCCUGGGCCUUCGGUAUCGCUGUCUGAAGUUGAAGGGGAAAAUGGGGUUUCUUUGGAAGAACAUGAUUGUGGUAAUUUGAAUGCCAAGGGUUGUGUGAACCCUUGUGCAGGUAAUGAGGAGGGCGAUGUUUUGAGUCCUGAAUUGGGUGUUGAGGAGAAGAAAAUUAGAAGUGAUUUGGAUGUGUCUGGAAAUGGGGCCAAGAAUGUGGUCAAGGGGAGUGAAUUUUUGUAUGGGGAGGAGGUGAGAGAAAGGUUUAAUGGAAUUUUGAAGCGAUAUGAGGGGACUCAUAACUUCCAUAACUUCACAACCAGAACUAAAGCCGAAGAUCCCUCAGCAAAGCGCUACAUUAUCUCUUUUGAUGCGAAAACCACAGUUACUGUUCAAGGAAUGGAGUUUGUUAAGUGUGAAGUUGUAGGGCAGAGCUUCAUGCUUCAUCAGAUCCGGAAGAUGGUCGGACUUGCAGUUGCAAUCAUGAGGAAUUGUGCUCCCGAAUCAUUAAUUGAAACAGCUCUGCAACAGGAUGUUAACAUUAACGUACCUACGGCUCCUGAGGUUGGGCUAUAUUUGGAUGAGUGCUUCUUUGCAUCGUAUAACCAGAAAUGGAAAGACAGUCAUGAAGAAGUGUCUAUGAAAGCUUAUGCAGCAGAGGCAGAGGAGUUUAAAAUGAAUUAUAUAUACUCUCAUAUAGCAUCAACAGAACACAAGGAAGGAGCUGUGGGUUUGUGGUUGCAUUCACUGAACCAUCGGAACUAUCCUGAUUUAGGCAUUGCGAGCAAUGAAGGGACCUCAGAAUCAAAAAUUGUUGAGAUAGAUGUCGUGCCCGAGGGAACCGUCUCAUAGGUUUGUGUGCCUUCUACUUUUAGUACUCGGAGUUCUCUUACAUGAAUUUUUGUAGUUUGAUCCAUAGCAGAAAAAAUGUCGUCUGCUUCACUUCAGACAUUUGAUGCUUGUAGAACUCUUAACUCUGUAUCCGUCUGGAAAAUUUCCUUUCUUGUC